ACCAAAAAAAUUUAAUUUUACCUGCAGGAUGCAGAACAAUCUGAAUGUUCGAUUACCUCCAAAACCAAGAAAGAGGAGACUGGCUUGGGCAGAGGAUGGCGAAGUGGCCAUUCUUGAUUUGCGGCAAGAGCGCGUUGCUGAUCUCCGCGGUGCACGGAAGAAUGGCCACAUCUACGCGAAGAUGGCGAACGAGCUGGCAAAGUGUGGCCACAACUACAGCGCCCGGGAUGUGCAGGUGAAGUUGGCGAACUUCACGCAACGCUACAGAAAAGAGAAAUUGGCUAUGGGACCUUCUGGUGGAUCACCCUCAACGUGGCCUUUAUACGCAAGGGUGCACCAGAUAAUCGGUGGAUUUAAGGCCAACAUGUUUUGCGAGCUGACGCUUGAAAACAUCAGCGCCGAUAUAGCAUACCAGCCAUCACCACUGACCCCAGUAUUGCCGUCAUCACUCAGCCCAACAUUUUCCUCACCACUGGCAUCACCUCUCACUCCUCUGCCAACCACAUCGUCACCCCCGCUAUCAUCACCAUCAUCACCAAUGCCUAGCAGCUCAGCUUCUGCGGUUGAGCCUAAAAGAAAGAAAGCAAUAGGCACUUUACAAAAGAAAAUAUGCAUAUUUGUAUACUUCGUAUAUAAACAAUUGGUAUCGCUGUAA